AAGGAAUAAUCAAAAUGAGCCCACAAGACAAGAUUGCAAUGCACAAAAACAGUCUUCCUUCUCCAUUGGUGGGAGGCAAUGCGCAAUGAGCAUAUACUCUCUCAUCUUCCGAUUAUUCCGCCAACCUCAUUCCCGGAAACGAAUAUCCAUUGGGAUUUGGGAGAGUCCUCCGCAGUGGCCCCUGCUCGGCUAUUCCUCUCUCACGUCACUGCCUGCACUAAUCAAACUCAAAUAUCAACCCCCGUGGAAUCAAGAAUUAAAUAAGCAAACCCAACCCCCCUUGAGAAAAAAAUUGCUUCAUUCUUUCAGUCUUUCUUCAACUCACCACACACCAAUAGUUUAGUUUAAUACAGUGGAACUAGUAUUUAACAUCAUCACAAACCAACCAUUAUGAUCUCCACUUCUUCUCUCUCUAUAUAUCCUGCUCUCUCUCUUCCUUCCUUUUCUGCCUCUUCUUCUUGCUCUUGUAAUUAUAGUCCUAGAGUCUUUUCUUUCAAUGUUUCUUGUUCUUGUACAUCAAGAUUAAGAGAACCCAUUACUCUACUUUGUUUAAAGACUCAGUCUUUGCAGUAUAAGAGGAGCAAGGAAUUAAGAGUCUUAAAGGUAAGAACCUCUAGUGAGUCAGCUAGCACCACCAGCAAGAUGACCAUUACGGAGUACAGGGGAGAAGAGGAGGAUGAGAACCCUCCUCCAUUGCUUGAAUCUGAGAUGAAUUCUAGUCCUAGGCGUAUCGCUCUAUUUGUUGAGCCUUCUCCCUUUUCUUAUGUCUCUGGAUAUAAAAACAGGUUCCAGAAUUUCAUUAAAUAUUUACGUGAAAUGGGGGAUGAGGUUAUGGUUGUAACAACGCAUGAAGGAGUUCCUCAGGAAUUUUAUGGAGCUCAAUUGAUUGGCUCUAGAAGCUUCCCUUGUCCCUGGUACCAAAAGGUACCCCUGUCACUAGCACUCAGCCCAAGAAUAAUCUCUGCAGUUGCCCAAUUUAAGCCUGACAUUAUACACGCAUCAUCACCUGGCAUUAUGGUAUUUGGUGCUCUCGCCAUCGCGAAAUUACUAUCUGUACCAAUAGUGAUGUCGUAUCACACCCAUGUUCCUGUAUAUAUCCCAAGAUACACCUUCAGUUGGCUGGUCAAACCAAUGUGGUUAAUUUUAAAAUUUCUGCAUAGAGCUGCUGAUCUCACACUGGUGCCUUCUGCUGCCAUUGGAAAGGAUCUAGAAGAAGCUAGGGUGACUGCAGCUAACAGGAUACGCCUCUGGAACAAGGGUGUCGAUUCUGAGAGCUUCCAUCCCCGGUUUCGCUCCCAUGGAAUGAGAUUAAGAUUAAGCAAUGGAGAACCCGACAGACCAUUGAUAGUUCAUGUAGGACGUAUUGGAGUGGAGAAGAGUUUGGAUUUCCUAAAAAGGGUCAUGGAUAAGCUUCCAGAAGCCCGGAUAGCUUUCAUUGGGGAUGGGCCAUACAGGGAGGAGCUGGAGCAGAUGUUUUCUGGCAUGCCUGCAGUAUUCACAGGAAUGUUACAAGGAGAAGAGCUUUCACAGGCAUAUGCUAGUGGAGACGUUUUUGUUAUGCCCUCAGAAUCUGAGACACUAGGCCUUGUUGUUUUGGAGGCUAUGUCAUCAGGACUCCCUGUGGUCGCUGCGCGUGCUGGAGGAAUUCCAGAUAUAAUUCCUGAAGAUCAGCAGGGAAAAACAGGCUACCUGUUUAACCCUGGAGAUCUUGAUGACUGCUUGAGCAAAUUGAAACCUCUUCUGCAUGACUCAGUACUAAGAGAAACAAUUGGCAAAGCAGCACGUGUAGAAAUGGAGAAGUAUGAUUGGAGGGCAGCUACUAGAAAGAUACGGAACGAACAAUAUAAUGCUGCAAUUUGGUUCUGGAGGAAGAAGAGAGCACAGUUCUUGGGACCACUCCAAUGGUUAUUCAGACGUGUGUUCCAGCCACAGACCCCAGCAAUUGGAAUGUAAUGCUAAAUUGUGUUUUAUCUGAUUUGAACUCAGAUAAUGUCGAAAGUCGUCUGUGUUAUUAAGCACUCCAAGUUAUCUGCACACGCAGAUCACUCAAAUAUAUGGCACACUGCAGAAUGUUGACCUGAAAUGUGGUCAGUUGUAUUCUCAUCAAUUUGUUGUAUUGAUUUAGAUGAUUUUUGGUGAGACGUGAAAACAGAAAAGAACAAGACUGUAGGUUUGCGUGUAUUGUUUUUUGUGUAUAUGCUUUCCUAAGCAUGGUAAUCAACUUGAUGCUCCAGUACUUCUAAGCAAUAGAGGUUUGAGUCUUAAUUUCUCUGAUC